UGUUUGUUUCCUUGUGUUUAGGGCUGUCAUGGAGCCGAUGGUGAGUCAUGAAGUCAUUCUGGCCGUGUACAUCAUUUCGUUUUUGAUUGGCCUACCUGCCAACCUCCUGGCCCUCUAUGCCUUCAGUGUUAAGAUCCACACCAAGUUAGUGCCCACGAACAUCCUGCUGCUCAAUCUGACCAUCUCCGACCUGCUCUUCCUGAUUUUCCUUCCCCUAAAGAUGCACGAGGCCGCGUCGCGCAUGGUGUGGAAUCUUCCCAACAUCCUGUGCUCCAUCACAUCAUUUGCCUUUUUCUCCACGAUCUAUACCAGUUCCUUGUUGCUGAUGGCUGUUAGCGUUGUUCGGUACAUUGGUGUAGCUUUCCCCAUCACAUACCAUCAGCUGUGCAAACCCAUGUACACCAUAGGAAUCACUGCUGCCAUCUGGCUAUUCUCAAUGGUGCACUGCAGCAUCGUUUUCAUCACUCAGCACCACCCAAACCUAUCUGGCCACAACACCACAGUGUGCUAUGAGAACUUCACCAAAAAGCAGCUCGAAGUUCUCCUCCCAGUACGUCUGGAGUUCUUCAUCGUGCUGUGCCUCAUACCACUUCUAAUUUGUAUUUACUGCUACAUGAGCUGCAUCUUGAUCCUCUACAGCCGUCCCAGGAUACCGCAGAAGCAGAAGCAGAAGGCCAUUGGCAUGGCCUUGGGGACUCUAGCCGUGUUCCUCAUUUGUGUGGUGCCGUACAACCUCUCUCAUUUGCUAGGUUUUAAGGGUGACAGCCCAAAAUGGAGAUACUACACCCUGCUGCUCAGCACUUUCAACACCUGUCUCGAUCCCAUCAUUUUCUACUUUUCCACCUCCACUUACCGCUGCACAAGUGAAAAGUCAAUUCUUAAGAACCUGAUGCCAGGGCAUGUCUCAAGCACUAGCUAAAAGUUAAAACACAGCUUCUUUUAUUACCUACAUAUCUGCCUUGGAUAUGUUUAUUGCAUUGUGUAUCAUAGACGCAAUACCAAUAAUAUGUAAUAGGGUACAGAUGGCUUUAAUAGUUUUUGUAGCAAGGCCUUUUGACAUAUUUAAUAUUACACAACACAACACUGUUUCAUGCAUACUUGUAUCUCUCAAUGGCUGCUGCCUACCAACCCCUUGACCUCAGCCAAGGAGGUGACAGUAUGAUUUCAUCCAGACUGUCUGUCUGUCCCUUCCUAUAUCCAAUGGCAGGAUAUCUCAUAAAGAGCUGGACAGACUAGGACCAAAGUUUGUGGAGAGAGACAUGCUCCUUGGUUCGGGAAAGAACUGGUGAAAUGUUG